AUGGAGCUGGCAUCACCUUACACUCCUCGCACGAGCAGGGCUGCGAGCUUCUCCAGCGAUACCACGUCUCUUGCAGGAUCCGCACAGCUUCCUCUGCCGCCAGACGUGCGACCUGCGCCCGCCUACGUUUCGCUCGUCGCCGCGUCGGAGACAGCUACCAACUACCACAACCUGCAAUUGCGAAGCAGUCACGAGGAUGAGGGACCCAAGUUCGAGAUCGCACGGUUCGCCGACAAGGCCCUCGCGUCAAUCAACUCUUUCCUCGACUCUGAGCUGUACUCAAUCCUUUCAGUCGCGCGCUCAGACUCCCUCUCCGCGGUGCGCCCAGCAGUCUCAGAUGUUCUGAAGCCGAAAUUGGCUCGAGAGGCUAUAUCAUCGGCAGACGAGGGAUUACGCGAAUUCCUAGAUGAUGGAGAAGAGGAGGAGCUCUCAAGACACACGGACAGAGAUCCCAGUUGGAACACGGAGGCGGUGUGGAAGCGGACCCGCCUAAGAGUCAUGGUGUACAGCCGCUUGGGCGAGAUGGAUGAGGAUGAAGAAGAACAAUUCUUGAACCAAGAGGCGAGGCUGGCCACGAGCAGCCCCGGGAUGCCUACGUUCCACGAUACGGAUCUGACUUCCUGGGCGACCGCGAAUUUCCUCACUUCGAUCCUCGAGUACCUUGCCGAGCAACUCCUUCGGAUCUCAGCAGAAGCGGCUUACUCCCGGCACAUGGCAAAACUACGUCGUAGCGAGCAGUCACCCACCGGGCCGACUGUGCACGGCACAGCAGAGCGUAUAACCGUGGAAGAGAUUGACGUGGAGAAGAUCGCACUCAACCCCACUCUAGGACGCUUGUGGAGAAUCUGGAGGAAGAGGUCACGUCACUCAAGGACCCCUGGCUCUCCACUUCUCUCUCGGGGCUCUUCUUUCGCAUCUCCAUCAGCGUUCCUAGGAUCCGUAUCCCGACCGGAGAGUGUCAGGACCGCAGAUGAUUCUUUCGCUACUGCCGAGGGUCGACCCAUCUCCCCAGAGGAUCGUGCCUCGAGCAACGGAAAUAAGAAGGUCAGACUCAGUGACCCUGCGCAAGUCCCCCUUCCCUUACCAGAGAACGACGUGGCCGAGAUCGAGGUCCCUGGACUCGCCAAGCAGGGCGAUGACGAGAGCGAUGGCGGGCAGACACCCACUCUUGAAAAGCCGCAGCGGCCCUUAAGCGUUCUCCACCCACAGAAGCCCUUGCUCAACGGUGCUUCUGCCAGCGAUCGGCCGCGACCUUCUUCAAUGCCGUCUGGAGAGCGCCAGCAGCUUGCCUGGACGAAGAGAGCCAAUGGUAAAGGGCCUGCUUCGCAGACGGCGGCUGGGACGGCGCCACAACGGUCAUCGUACCCCGACGCGGCAAAGAGCUCGGAUGAACGGGUAGAUCAAACCAUAGCUGUCGGUGUCUUGGCGGGAGCGACCACGCUUGCUGCAGCCGCAGUGGCGACCGCCGUCGGCACUUCCUCUGAGAGGCCAGUCUCUGCUGGAUCGCGGCAGGUGCAUAGCCAGGAAUCGGCUCUACUCUCUGAAGACAAGGGCAAGCAAAGAGAAUCCACGCCCGGUUUGACGAGCAACGGUCCUGUGGAAUCCGAAACGCCUUGGAACACUUCUCGCUUCUCAGAUGCUACCAAUGCCAGUGCGACCAUCCAGGACAGUCCGCAGCGGCGGUCUUCGAAGCAGAUGCCCUUCUAUUCUCGCGCUCUUGAUGGCGCUGGGGACGAUGAGGAGACAGGUGCUCCCCGAACGGCUGAUAGCGCAGCACCAGCCUUUGGUUUUGAUUAUGAGUUUGGUCCUGCAAGGACUGCCGAAGAGCGCCGUGCCUUUUCCUCUCCGGUUGUAUCUCCUCCCCCCAAUCUUUUCUCCAGCGGAAAUAGCUCGGUGCCGAGAGACGUACUCGGUUCCCACUCGAGUCCGGGGCCUGGCGCUUCGAACCGCAAGGCAAGCCUUCCGCGCCUUCCAGGAACAAACGACUUAAACGGCUUUUAUGGGUUUGACACGGGCAAGACGCCAGAAUCUGAGCAAGACGAUGAGCGGCCGUUCGAUGAAACCCCCGGUUCCGACGGCUUUGGUGUUAAUGCUCGUUACUCUAAUGCCAUCUUGGAGCAGUUCCGUGCCCUUGAGCGCGACGCGCAGACAUCUUCCACUUUGGAUAGGCUUGACAAACGUCCAAGACUGUCGGGCGCUUCGUCGAACGGUUCUUCCGGCUCGGAUGCGACCUCUAUCCUCGGUGGUGAUAGCGCGAAGCCUUAUCGUCCGGGACUUGGAAAUGUCGAUCACAGCAACAGCAAGAAGGGUGGUGCCGAGAGGGUGAGCAGCGGUCUAAAUCUGGGAGACAGGCGUGGUGAUGUUGAGGUUAGUGCGAGAUUGCGAGUAUAA